AUGCCGGAUUUACAAGAUCUGCCUGAGUCCAUAGUUAUCACACUCAACGAUUUCGUAUUGGAUGCGCUUAGCCUCGGCAACGAGGAUUUGGAGGGAUACAGAUUGAAUUCGAUAAGAAGCUUGCGCACUAGUUACUGGAUCUCUCUGGGUACAUCCGAUGAAGAACGCGAGAAAAAGUUCAACUAUCUGCUGGAGCAAAAAACUUUCUACUGCGGCCAAAUCAGGACCUGUAUCGCAGAAGCACUGUAA